GACUUGUUAUCAACGAGAACGGGUGCACAGUAGUUAACCCUCAGAUAAAUGUUCUAUAAAUACGGUUUGCACACAAUCACGACAAUGUUCAAGUAUAUUUGAUCAACAUUUUUAGCGCAGGAUUUCUAAAUUAAGGACAAAACAUUCGGAUGAACUUGAUGUAUUACCUUGUUUUUAAUCGUCUCGUCAAUGUUUGUUUUGCGAUUGUGCUCAUAUUUUGGGAUAUUUGUCUACCCGUAUUUAGACUGAAAGUGGAGUCAUCAAAGUCAUCUUCUGCUGGUUCAACUUUGGAUCUAGUAUUUUGGAAAUGCUGAUAUUUUUCAUUUAUCAUAGAUAAGAUUAAAUUGGAUAACAAUGUUGAUAUAUAAAUCUGAUCCGACCUACAUCGAUUCGGAGUUUCGAGUUGACGAUCGAGCCCGGCUAGAAGUCGGAGAAAUCCCCACCGUCCCUGACGCCGUCUGCCUCCACUGCCGGAAAAGCAAGAGAAAAUUCCGAAAAGUUUUUUCCUACCUGCGCUCCCACCUGAAGUGGAAGAGGGGAAAGCAGACAUCUUCUUCGAUGCCGAUGUCGACGACGACGGCGACGGAUAUGGGCGAUAAGAAAGUGGUCCUGUUCGAUCUCGGGGGUGUGAUCGUUACCCCACCCCAAAGGGCGCUCUUGAAGUACUGCGAGGAAGCUGGACUGCCCAGGAAUUUCAUCUUUAACGUGAUAUCGCAAGGUCGGGCAAACAACACAUUCGGUCGCCUUGAAACGGGGGAACUAACAGUUACUCAGUUUGCGACCGAAUUCGAGCAGGAAUGUAGGCGGGUAGCCGAGGAGCAGGGUUUGGUGAUACCGGAUAGGUUCAGUGCAACCGAGAUGAUCCAUUUCAAAGAUCCGGAUCUUAUUCCGGAGAUGCUCAACGCUGUAGCCGUACUAAAAGAACACGGUGUUAAGACAUGUGCCCUCACAAACAACUACAUUGACAACACCUCAAACCGAGCCUAUGCAGCAGGCGGAUUAACCGCGUUUACCCUCUACUUUGACGAAUUUGUGGAAUCGUGUCGGUUAGGUGUCCGAAAACCGGACCCGAGCAUAUUUCAGGAGGCUCUGUCGAGACUUGGCGCCGAAGCAAACCAGGCUGUUUUCUUGGACGAUUCUGAAGUAAACACUAAGGCAGCCGAAGCUCUGGGGAUGUCCACCAUCUUGGUCGAUGAAUCGAAAAGUGCUCUAGAACAGCUCAAAAUCAUGACUGGAAUUGAUGUCUUCAAGCAAGCCGGACCUAUCACCGUUGAUUCCGAAGAGGUCACACACAGUUACGUCACAACCAGGAGUAAAGUUCGGUUUCAUUUCGCUGAGCUUGGAAACGGGCCUCCUGUGCUUCUGUGCCACGACUUUGAAGAAGACUGGGAGGCAUGGAGAAGUCAGAUGCCAGAACUCGCCAUAGCAGGAUUUCGAGCCAUUGCCUUGGAUUUGAAAGGAUUUGGAGAAAGCAGCAAGCCAUCGGAUGUAGAGCAGUACACAUUGAAAAUCUUAUGUCGGGAUAUAUCCGAGUUCUUGGAUGCGCUGGGAAUCGCCCAGGUCACCCUCAUCGGUCAAGGCAUGGGGGCGGCAUUCGCUUGGACAUUCGCAAACCACAACACAGACAGAGUUCGAGCCGUUGCUGGAAUCAACACAUCUCCCUCUAUCGUCCUUCCCGAAACAUUGUGCGGUGGCCAAAUCAAGAGAAUGGGGUCUCUUCGUGAUUUCAUCAGAUUUCGCCAAUCAGUAAAAGACAACAAUAACAACAAUCAAGAUGUGGAGAUGGAACAAUUCUACAGAAUAGCCACCUACCAUUCUAGCGAUGAUACUAAUCCGACCAACUUAAAGAGAGGGCAUUGCCAUCUGGGUAUUGAAAUUACAGAUCUAGACCUGUCAACGAGGACAUCGAUGUCAAUGAAUUGUCUCUGUUUCGAAGCAGAAAAACGAGCCAAGAAAUUUUGCAGUUAUCACCAGAGCAUUAAAGCAAAAUCUCAACCAAAGGGAGCUAAUUGGUUCAGGAACAACACGGCCAAUUGGGAAUGGAACCGGCGACUUUACGGCCGAAUGCUCAUCGUUCCAUCUUUGGUCGUGACAUCAGGUCAAGGGUCACCAAAGAAUAUCCCGGAUGUCAGUGAACUACAGAAAUGGGUCCCCGACAUUGAACAUAGCCAUAUUUCAGGCUGCGAGAUCAAAACAGCCCCAGAACGAUCCUCAGAACUUAACCGAAUUCUUCGUAAAUGGCUCUUUACGAAUCACGCAGGCGAACAUACACCCCUAAUGCCAAUGUCCGUUGAUUGACAUACCCGACAGUAACCACAAGAUGGCGUCCUUCAAAUGAAAGAGAACAAACUAUUGACCAAUUUGGCAUGGAAUGUUUGAUUGUCAUAAACAAUGCACCAGAUAAUGUAUUUGGAUUGAAAGAAAUUACGAGAGACCUACCUCAUAUUGAUGGAUAGUUGAUUGGGAGGAAAAAUCAGAUUCAGUCGUUGCUUCAAGAUGGCGCCCUACUCAAAGUGGAGAACAAAGUAUUGACCAAUCGGGCAUGGAAUGUUACUAUGCAGAGUUUCCCGAUCCACCUGAGAAUGUCUUUGGAUUGGAGGAAAUAACAAGAGAGCGAAGUCAUGUCGAAGGUUAAUUCAUUCUUAGGGAAACGAUCAGAUUUAAUUGUCGUCAUAAGAUGGCGCCCUAAUCAUCAAUAAGAACAAACCAUUGAUCACUUUGGCAUGGAAUAUCAAAUACCGUAGACAUGGUUUUCAAAUCCUUUAGAGUAAAUCUUUGGAUUUAAAGUAAAUUUGAAAGAGCUUGGUCAUCUUGGAUAAUAAUAUAUUUUGAGGAAACGAUCAGGCUCAGUCGUUGCUAAAAGAUAGCGCCCUAUUAAAUUGACCAAGGAGAACAUACUAUUGACCAUAGAUAUGGGUUAAAUACAUCUGUGCUAUUGGCCAUUUGGCAUGGAAUAUCAACAUGAUCAAAAUGCCACAGACAUGGUUUCCUGAUCCGUGAAUAUCUUUUGAUUGAAAGAAAUUACGAGAGAGCUCCGCCAUCUCGAAAGCUGAUGAUUUGGUGGAAAAAGAUCAACGAUCUCGAAUCUGAAUAGGCUUACAUCAAACCAGAAAUGAAACCAACCGGAAAUGGAACAAAUCGGAAGUGGAUCAAACCGGAAGCGGAUCAAAUCGUGUCAAUAGACGCGAAUUUAACACAAAAUUGUGAAGGAAAUUGUGUCUCAAUAAUUUUUCCUGAGUAUAUAAAUCUCUACUCAAUCUGAUGAUAGUAUAUAUUGUAUAACGAAGUGUCAUAAUGUUAGAAAGGGAGAGAAGGGGUAUAUUCCUCUCUCUCUAUCUCUCUCUCUCUCUCCUUCACAUAAUGAUCGUCUUGUAGGUUCAGAACAUGGUACACGUUUAUGUUAGGGGAGCCUUUGUAAAGAAAAUGUGUAAAAGUAGUGAAUCCGACAUGUCCGGGAAAUGCAGAAAAACCUAUGACAUCGGACAUUGUCUGUUAAAACUAAAAUGGGAAGUGUAAAUUGUGAAAUAUAACACUUUUGUCAAAUAAACAUGUCGUUGUAAAUUAUUCCGAUAUGAAUAUUCUGAAUUGCAAAAUUUGAUUUGUUUUUUUUAGGCAUAGUAUAUUAAUAAUAAUUUUUUGAAGGAGAUGCCCUUUGGAAUAAUUGGGUUAUCUUACAGAGUGAGAUUUCAAAGAAGAAAGAAGCUUGAUAAUCACUCAUGACGAUUUUGGCUUAUUGAGAUGGUUAGCAACCAUUAAUUGUGAUUAAUAUUAACUUAAUGCAAUCUGUAUAUGUCUGUAUAAUAAUGUAUAAUUAUCAGUACAUAAUAAUGAUGUAUGAAUUAUGUAUAUGUAUAUUCUCAGGAAAAUGUGAUAAAAUGUUCAUAAAUUUGUGUGAUAUAAUAAAAUAAAAUCUAUCCGUCUAACAACACUAUAGUUUUAUGUAUAUACAUAUUUUUUUUUACUUUAGACGUCGACGCAUAAAUCCUAUCGCCUUAGGCCAAUUUGGCCUCAGAGGCUUAACAAAAAUAACCAAGACAAUAUGAUCCUGAUUUUUGCACCAAUCAACAUUCAGAGUAAAAGUGGAAUUCAUACACACGUACGUUUCUUCUUUGGUUUAAACGACCUGUUGAGAACCACACACGAGAUAUUGAUAUUUUGUCUCUUUUCUAAUGGCAUAUCGCCCUCUACUGUUGGUUGGUCCCAAAGCAUUUACUGAUAGAGAAAAUUGCACUUACCUAUGAAACAAAUUCGUUUCUGACAGAAUUUUCAAGCUUAAUCCACCCUCAAAUUUCAAAAGUUGGUUUUGGCUAAACAGAUCAUAAAAUUAAGUAACUGCCCCUUUAUUCGAUGCUAAUCUUUUCAAUCAUGUUUCUCUUUGUUAUUUUAAAAAUGUACAUAUUUCUACUAUACAGUAUUAUAAUAUAUACAUCAUGUAAAUCUACUUUUAACCAGGAAUAUUAUGAUUAUUCCAUAAAUUUCUGUCGAUUCAGAGAAAAUUUUUGUUUCAUGUAAAUGUUUUCAUUAUAACCAUGAUAACGCUCUAUCCAAGCUAGUCUCGGAGCAGUAUUUGAUAUUGCAAUUGUUUGUAUAUUUUGUGUAACACAAUACAUAAUAACAAAUUUAUUCGGAAUUUACAUGCGUUUUACAUGCAAACCUAUUUUCUUAUAAACUUUCAAUGCGAGUUGAAUUAAUAGAUUCAAUAUAUAUGUUUACAAAUCAAACACGCACAUCCCCUUUUUUUUUGGGGGGGGGGGUUGGGGCCGGCGUUUGUUGAUUAAAGUAGAACCGAAUCCAAUGAAAACAAAUCUGUUCUGUUUCGAUAGAAGGCGCUACAUGAGAUCAUUUACUCAUCACUCAUCUGCAAAUCUAAAAGAUUAUAUUUCUAUUUUGUUCAGGGAAAAAGGUCAUCUUUCGCAAAGUCGGUUUUCUUUGUCGAUCGAUAUAAUAAUAAUAUUUCAUUUACCCAGGGUAGCCACUUCAAUCAUAAGACUGCUCUUCCAGCUGGUCCUGCAUAACAUAACAUGUUAUUAUUACCCUUCUCCAGUCUAAAUGCUGAGCUCGAGGCAAGAAGGCAGAAUGUCCCAUGUUUAUAAGUCUUUGGUAUGACUCGGCCGGGAAUCGAACCCACCGUGACGACCUCCCGUUCAUGAGGCGGACGCUCUACCACUAAGCCAUAUGUAUAUUUUCUCUGCUCCCACAUUGUUAUGUGAGAGAAGUUUGGUAAUCAUGUUUAAUAAUUCUGAAAAUUUGUUUGUAAUCUCAUUGAUACGAUUAUAUUUCUAUGUUUCAUAUACAUGUACAAAACUUUGAUUUAGAUGAAUUGUGAUUGUAAACUUAUCGAUUUGAGAGAGUCAAAAAAUAAAAUAUUAUUUAAAACAGAAAAAUCUUUUUUCUUGCGAAGUCACUAGCUACUUUUUUUCGCACGAUAAAGCUUGUUAUUUUUAUACUUAACAGUUGUUUUUUCCAUUUUAGACAAAUUUCUCCUUUAUCUUGCUUAUUUUAGGUUAACCGUUUGUGGAAAAUCAGUAUUACCGCAGAAAAUGUUUGGUUAGAUCAAUAUUUUAAGAAUUGUUUGGUUGCUGUGAAGUGUGAUAAGUACAUUAUAAAUUUGUGAUUUCGAUUAAAGUAUUGUUCAGUGAUUUAUGGAUUUAAAUACUUUGUACAUCGACUAAAAUGAUGAAUUUUGAAUUGAAUAAAAAUGAAAAUAGCAGUA